AGCCGUCCCCGCUCCCGUCGGGAAUGAACGCGCCGGCGCUGGCUGCGAUUUUGGUGAUGGAGAAAUAACACGCGGUGCUCCCCGUCCUGCUUGUGCACCUGGAUCUGCUCAUCGGGGAUCCCUUUUUGCCACAAAAGCCUGUUCCCCGCUGGUGCUUCACCCCGGCGGAAUGGGCCGUGUGAGCAGAUGGUGCCGGUGUAACCAGCCCUGCUGCCCGCACUCGUUACCUGAGGCUCUCUGCUUGCUUUUGCUGGAGCCAGGUGCAUCCUCGGACAGGAGAGGCCGGGAGAAGGUGUAGGAACCACCAGUUCACAUCUGUGCUCGGCUGCAGGAGCCCUUCCAGCUGCUAGAGAUGCUGCUGUUAUCAGUUAUUCACUUACCCCUUGAUCUCACAGAUAUUUUGCUCUCCACAGCUGCACACUGCUGUGCCUCAGGAUAAAGCCCCGCGGUCGCUCAGAUGCGGGGCUGGGUCUUCCAAAGGAGGAAUUUGGGCUCAGAACUGACUUAGCCUCUAAAUUUCCAGACUUACCUUUGUAUUGACAGUGUUUUUGUGUUGUUUCUCCGGUAAAUUGUGUUCCUUAGGCCCGUUGUUGCAGCGCUGGAAUGUGCCCCCAGACCUGCAGCUGAGCAGACAAAUGGCUGGCACAGGCGUGCCUGGGCAAAAGGGCAGUAAUUCGGUUUUUGUCCUUAUUGUGGGCUUGUCUGCCUUAGGAACGGGUGCCUAUGUGUACAGAACUCUGCAGGAGAGCAAAGAGCGCGACGCCAGCCGCAUGUCCAGGAUGAGCCGGCGAUCCCAGGACGAUGCGUCCUCGGGUGCUGCUCCUGAGGGCACAGCAGCUCCUCCCAAGGUGCCAUCCCACGUCCCUUUCCUGCUCAUCGGGGGAGGAACUGCUGCCUUCGCUGCUGCCAGGUCCAUCCGGGCCCGCGAUCCUGGAGCACGGGUGCUGAUUGUGUCUGAGGACCCUGCCCUGCCCUACAUGCGCCCACCCCUUUCCAAAGAGCUCUGGUUUUCCGAUGACCCCAACGUGACAGAGACGCUGCGGUUCAAGCAGUGGAACGGCAAGGAGAGGAGUAUCUAUUUCCAGCCACCGUCUUUCUACGUGCCUGUCCAGGACCUGUCUUCUGUGGAAAAUGGUGGGGUGGCAGUUCUGCCUGGCAAGAAGGUUGUGCACAUGGAUGUCAGAGGGAACACGGUGAAGCUCAAUGAUGGGACCCAGAUAUCCUAUGACAAAUGUCUCAUUGCCACUGGGGGAUCCCCAAGGAACCUGCCUGCCAUUGAAAGAGCAGGAAAGGACGUGCAGAAAAGGCUGACCCUGUUCAGAAAGAUCGAUGACUUCCGAAGGCUGGAGAAGAUUUCCAGGGAAGUCAAGUCCAUCACAAUUAUUGGUGGUGGUUUCCUGGGCAGUGAGCUGGCCUGUGCUCUGGGAAGGAGAGCACGAACCCGAGGCCUGGAGGUGAUCCAGCUGUUUCCAGAGAAGGGCAACAUGGGCAAAGUCCUGCCCGAAUACCUGAGCAACUGGACCACAGAGAAAGUCAGGAGAGAGGGGGUCAAUGUCCUGCCCAACGCCGUGGUCAAAUCCGUGUCAGUGUCUGGGAAGCGGCUGCUGAUUAAACUGAAGGACGGCCGGAAGGUGGAGACAGAUCACAUCGUGGCUGCCGUGGGGCUGGAGCCCAACGUGGAACUGGCCAAGUCAGCGGGGCUGGAGGUGGACUCGGAUUUCGGGGGGUUCCGGGUGAACGCGGAGCUGCAGGCACGCUCCAACAUCUGGGUGGCAGGGGAUGCUGCCUGCUUCUAUGACAUCAAACUGGGCCGGCGGCGCGUGGAGCACCACGACCACGCCGUGGUGAGCGGGAGACUGGCUGGAGAAAACAUGACAGGAGCUGCAAAGCCCUACUGGCACCAGUCCAUGUUCUGGAGUGACCUGGGCCCCAACGUGGGCUAUGAAGCCAUUGGCCUCGUGGACAGCAGUUUGCCCACAGUGGGAGUGUUCGCCAAGGCCACGGCCAAGGACACGCCCAAAAGUGCGACAGAACAGUCAGGGACUGGAAUUCGAUCUGAGAGCGAAACGGAAGCGGAAGCCUCAGAAGUUCAGAUCUCUCAAAGCUCUUCACCAACGCCUCAAGUCCCAAAGCAAGGAGAAGAUUACGGCAAAGGUGUCAUUUUCUACCUCAGGGAUAAAGUGGUGGUGGGAAUCGUGUUGUGGAACAUCUUCAACAGGAUGCCCAUUGCUCGGAAGAUCAUCAAAGACGGGGAGGAGCACGAGGACCUCAAUGAAGUAGCAAAGCUCUUCAACAUCCAUGAAGACUGAACUCUGCAGCAGGAACACCUGGAGGGAGCAGGCUGCUGGCUCUGUGCACCCCUGCACCUUGGGCAGCUUCCUGGGAGCACUUGGGAAUAUUCCACUCACCCAAGCCCAGUGUUUGCACCAAUAAAGUCAGAUUGUUCUAGUCACCUGCUCCUUCCUGCACCACUGCCUGCCUGGUGAGGAAAGGGGAACAUGCUGCCCCACUGGGGUGAAUUUUCCCUUGUGUCAGCCUUGGAGAAGCCUGCAGAACUCCCUCUUUCCUUGCAGGAAUUCCCACUGGAGAGCAAGCAGGCCUGCAGGCUCUCUGCUUGUUCUCCUGCCUGUCGAAACAGACUCAACUUGGGGAAAUCAAUUACUAGUCAAAAUCAGAGCAGGAUGAUAAGUAAAAGAAAUCUUAAAAACG